AUGGCACGUGAGCUGCCCGAUGUCCCUGAACAUUCAACCGGAAGACAUGGUGGUCACUGGGAACCGUUGGAAGAAUCGAGCACAUUUGAUUCUGCAUGCGAUGUCUCCCAAGGACCUCAAGCUUCUGGCAGGAAAUGCGCCCUUUCCAGAAAGAACCUGUCGGAGGGCUUUGAGGGGCACAACCGAAUGUUCAGCCUUUGGCUGCAUGUUCUAACGGGCGUCGUGGUCUUCGUUGUUGUCAUCGUCAACGACCCAAUCUACGACCAAAUUAGCGGCACACUCACAGCAGCCAAAAUCCAGAUUGGCGUUUGGGAGGAGAUCAACGAAUAUUUCGGUUUCUUCGUGUUUGGGCUGUUCGCAUUUGGAGUGCUCUCGCUCAACAUCGUGAACUACCGCUGCUGGACAGCACGCAGGCGCGAUGGGUUCGUGGCAGUUGCAAUAUUCUGCCUGAUGUGCAUGCAUGGACAGAUCGGAGCCACUUCCUUGAGUCCAUUGCUCGAAGAGCCCACACCGGGCAACGUGUUUGUAGCCGCUUCUAUUUUGAUUUGCGCGCUGGUUGUGGACCAGUUCUUCGUCCGGCAGUUUCUCUCGCCGUGUUGGAGUUCAAGCGACGAUCCGGACUGCCGGACCGAAGCAGGGACGACGCAAGAGGAAGAGCAGUGGAGCUUUGUUGAGUUGCUCGGCAUGCUCUGUGAGGGAACGAAAGCCGUGGUGAUGUUCUACAUGGGCCUGGCAUGGGGCGCCGUUGUUUGCGCCUGGCGCCUCGUUGGCAGUGCCAGAAGGCUGCCCCAGUGGACUGGACACCAGUUCGAGCGAGUUCGCCACGCCGCCAGGGCUCGUUGGGAAUCUGUGAGGGAGGAUGACUCAUAUCUUCAUUCUGUGUGGAUGAUAUCUGCCCUUGGGGUGUCCGGCGUCGCCAUCGGCUUCUUCUCUCUGACCAUACCUCUCGGAUGGGCGGAGGCCGUCAAGGGCUACGAGCGUCACCGCGACUGCCUCGGGAGGCACAAGGGGCUGUACCAAGACUUGCUUUUGUUUGCGGGCUACGGGGACAGAGAGUACUACUACGGCCGGAUUUUUGAAGGGGGGGAGACCAACGACACGGCCGUGGAGUCGUUUUACCAUGAGUUGGCCGAAGGCGCCGCCACUGCUUCCGUGCACCAGGGAAAUGACUGCAAGUGGCCGAGAUACUUGAACGAGUUGUACUCUGUGGUGGACACCAGGCUUGAGGACGGCGCCCACAGCGGCAGAGACUCCCGCGACCCAAUCUGGGCGUUCAAGGACAGCACCACGGGCAAGUUCGUCCUGUACGUGGACGCCACCAUUCGCGCCUCCGGGGUUUCCGUCUGGGUCGGGUUCGCCGUGGCCGCCCUGUUUGGCAUCAAGUCCCUGCUGUCCGUCCUGGCGCGCUACAAGUUCCUCACGCAGAUGCUGGUCCAGGUGCUGCCUUCCAGGCUGCCCAACGGGCGGCAAAGGCUGAAGUGGGGGAGCGUCGAGCGGGCGCUGGCCUCAAGGGACUCCCUGGACGUCCGACACACGCGGUGCGCCACCUGGGAGGAGCUCAACGAUGAGUACUCCCUCAGCUCGGCCUCCCUCUUCCUCGGCGUGUGGGUCAGCACGGCCGUCUUCCAGCUGAUCCUUAUCGGCGGCCUGGCGACGUGGGUGCUGGCGUCGCUGAUUGCCUGGCGACGACUGUGGGCGCUCGUGGAGGGGCUGGUUCCCUUACUGGUGGUCUACGUGCUCCUGCUACUGUUCGACUGGCUCGUGAAGAUAUCCGGGCCCCUGCUGGACCGCGCAGUCUUCGAGGACCACCAGCUGAGGAGGCCCGUCCUCUGGGCGCUGUACACGCUGGUGCGCUCCGCGCUGGGCCUCGCGGUCGGCCUGCUGUUCGCCCUGUGGCGCCUGCUGCUGCUCAUGGUCAUGGGCUUCGUCAACUUCAACAGGCUCGACAAGCUGGUGCUGCCCCUUCAGCUGGAUCAGGGACACAAGAGCCUGUUCUCCAUGGCGAUGAUGAACGCCAUGCUGCAGAAGGAUGCCGAGGGGAGCGUCGCGACGAACGGCGCCAACAGCAACGAAGGCGGGGACACCGAUAGUGCGAAUGUGGGGGAGGCAGCGUCUAGCUCGGUGUCGGGAGUGUAG